GGCAACCCUGAUCCAUUUUAAUGGCGACCGGACCGACUAGCCUACUACGUGUUUGACAUAAAAAUACUUUUGUAGCUGAUUCUCGAGAGUUCACCGAGCCACUUGAACUAGAUAGUUGUUAACACAGUUUGUUGAUCCGUGCUCUACUGCCAUAUCCUUGUUGAACCCCGUUUCCCAAGCCCGGACCUCUGGAGAAAAGUGUGUCUGUGUCGCAAAGUGCCUGAAAUUUCGCCUUGCCUUGUCGCUGGCUCUUGAAGUCGAAUACCCAUAAUGGCGAGACUUACAAAGGUCUACAACACGGACGACGACGACUCCGGUUACGUCGGCCGCAGGAAUUUGCCCCUGGUGGCUGGUGAUAAGUUAAUGAUGCUCAUGGACCUGAAUAGCAAAGGACUGGUGAUCGACAGCCCGCUGAUCCGCGGCCGUGACCUGGAGGAGUUCUCACGCAAAUUUAAACUGCUCACAGAGGCCGAGCGCCGAAAGUCGCUGGAGAUCGACAGCGCUAGCUUUAUGGCAGUCCUCAAUCAGUGUGUGCAGUGCGUCGGCUGUCGGAGACGCGUGGAGCGAUUGUUUCACCAAUUGACCGAGACGGGAUACCGAACGCUCGACCCGCUGGAGCUGCGCCCCUCCGCCACGCUGAGCAUCGUCGAGGAGAAGCUGAAAACGCCGCAAGCCCUGGGUACGCUGCUCUACCGGCAUCACGAGGUGCUUAACAACCUGUUGGACAAUAAACUGCGAAACAAGACGCGCUGCGUCUUACACUCGCUGGACGCCUUUCGCGCCAAACCCUUCUCGGAGACUUGGCGCGAGGUGUGGUCCGCCAUGAAGAGCAGCUGCCGCAACGAGCUGACCAUCAUCGAGACCAAGGAACUGCACGACGUACUGGAAAACUACCUGAAGAAGCACAAGUUCUGUUCCGGGUGCCGAACAAAGAUUGAGCGCGCCUACAAAAUACUCAUUGGUGAGAUAUCGGGCAAGGAGAAGGGUUACUCAGCCCAGCUGUACGCCCACAUCCGCAAGUGCGUGCCCGACCAGCACAUCCACGUGAGCACCAACAAAAUAGAGUUCCUGGACGCACUGAUCAAGCGCGCCGAGCCCGAGGUAAACGGCAGCUACUCAAAGCUGCGCGAGCGCCACGCCAAGACGCUGGAGAUUGCGCAUCAGGAGGUGCUGACCUGCGUGGGCAUGAUAAUGUACGAACGACUGCGUCGCAUUUACGUGAGUCUGCGGGAGGAGGAGCGCGCCUGUCAGGUGCUGGCCGCUGUGGGCGUUCACGCCCUCUGCCGCAGCUUCGACACGUUCGUGGAGCAGAAGCAGGGAAUCAGCAACCUGGAGCUGCUCUACCAGGAGAUCAGCCGGGCAGAGCGGGCCAAGCAGAUUAAGCGUGAGCAGAAGAAGCUCAAGAAGAAGAAGAAGAAGGACGAGAAGAAGAACAUGAUGCACCGCCAGUGCGAUGACACUGAGGCCAACGAGUCCGACGAAGAAGAAGAGGAGGAGGAGGACUUAGCGAAGGAGGAGAUAGAUCCAGAGGAGGAAGAAAACCAAGAGCAGCAUGUGGAACUAAGCGAUCCAGGUGCGGACGAUGGCAUUGUCAUAGAGGCAGUACUUCCGGAAUCGGAACCCGAGCCCACGUCCAAGCCAACGAAAUCGAAACCGAAGAAGCAAGCGAAGAAAAAGAAGCAGAAGCCAGCGCCCUCCCAGAAAGCCGGUAAACGAAAGCACGUGCAGAAUUCGGCUAGCAUUCAACCGCAGGACGACGAGCACCUCGAAGUGGCCAGCUUCAUGUCGUCGACUGUUGCCAAGUCGGAGGGUGACGACAAGUGUACGGAGUGCCUGGCUCCAAUGCCAGACUGCCCGUGCGAGCAGGACGUGCGCGAUUCCGGCUACGGCAGCGACCCCACCUCGCAUGCCGACUCUCGGACCUCCAGCGCGGUUUCCUCGCCGGAGGGCUCGGAGGUGUCCUGCUCGGACGGGCUGUGUAAUCACGACGGCCCCCACGAUGAGGACUCCGACGUCUCGGACCUGCUGUUCUAUGGUCAUCAGUCGCAGUUGGAUCACAAAUUUUCAUUGUUGCAGAUGUGGGACGACUUCGACGAAUACGACGACAAAGACGAGGAGAGCUAUUACAUUCCGCAGGAGGUGGUACUGGCCUUCAAGUGCCACCAGGAGCAGGUGCAGCAACAGCGGGAGCAGCUCCGUGCCAAGCUGCGCGCCAAUUUCGAGCGCUUGUGCCUGCAGCGCGGCGUGCAGCUGCCCUGUGUGGCCAUUAAAAAAACGCAUUAAACCGUUGUAGUUAUUCAGUCGAGCGCGGCGAUUUUUCAAAAUGCGCCCGCAUGCAUUCAAAGUACAUAUAAUUUUUUGUUUUUGAAAUAAAUGAAGUAUACAAGUUA